CGAAAUGAAGGAAGAAGAGCGUGUUAAUCUCAUUUAAAAUGUAUUAUUAAAUAUGUAUAGACUCUUUCGAAUUUUACGAAAUAAAUCUAAUUUCAAAAAGAAUUUUAGCAACUUAAUAUAUUCAAAGCAUUCAAAAAUAUGUAGAGUGCGGAUUAAUAUAGAAAGAACAUUAAAACAUCAGAACUACAGGCAAUAUUCUUCGGAGAAUGAGGAACCAGAUGAUUAUCCCUUAUUGGAAACCGAAAUAUUGGAUACACCAGAACGAACAAAAUAUCUCUUAUUUAAAAAUAGUGAUGAUACUUUAGUAAAUCAGUUGAAUAAUUGUUUAUGUAUAGAAGAUGUAUGGAAUUUAUUUGAAAAAUAUAAAAAUGAAAUGUCUGAGAGACACUUAACUCAAACCAUAUUAGUUUUAAGAGACUUGCAAGUUGAAUACAGUACGAUUAAUUGCUUUAUUGACAAUGCAUCAUUGUUUUUCUUUAAUAAAUUGAAAGACUCUCCUGCUUUUACAGAUUUACUGAAUAAAAUUAUUAAUAAAUUACCAAAUUUUAAUAUUGAACUUCUAAGCUAUACAUUUUCUUACUUACAUAAAAUAGGAUUACAUAUAGAGGACUAUCCAAUGUGUAUUAUAGCUGAAAAUUUACGGAGAAAUUUAUUACAAGAUUUUGAUAUUGGAACUUGCAGUAGGUGGAUAAAAGUUAUUUUUCAUGAAGGUGGAAUAAGACCAUAUUUUUUGACUUUGCCGUUUAUACCAAAUGUUUUGAAGUUAUUAGAUGAAUGUGAUUCCAUUGAAGAUUUUGAAAGUAUAACUACUUGCCUAAUGAAAUUAGAGAGUAUGGUAACCAAAAGUGUUAUUGAAAAAUAUAUAGAUAAAGUGGAACACUUUUUAGAAAAUAAAAAAUUAACAGGAGAUAAAAAAAAUGCAGUUCUAAAGAUAAUAACAUUUCUAAGUAAUCCGUCUUGGAGGGAUCAACAUGUUCCUUUGAUGUCUAAAUGUAUUUUAUUGUUAAAGAAUGAAUUUAGCCAAUUUGAUGCAUCUCGCCUCCUACACCUUUAUGAAAUAUUUUUCAAAAUUCAAGAACCGGGGGAUUUACUAAAUGAUAUCCAAAGAAGUGCCGCAAAAUACUGGCAGCAAUAUGAAGAAAGCGGUAACCUGGACACGAAUACAGCUUUAAAAUUAUUUUCAGCAUUAAUUUAUUUUAAUUCUCCUUUGCAAAGGAUACAACUUCGAAAGGAUAUAAAUAAACUUAUCAAGGAUAAAAUGGGAAUAGCAAAUUUAAUUCUGUUGCGGAAAAUAUUUUCUUACAUUAAAAUUUCUGAUUAUCAAUUAUGCCAUAAGUAUUGGCAGUUGUGGGGAAAUAUAAUACAGGAAGAUAAUAGUAUUCAUUUAUUAAUUAAAGCAUGUCACAAUUACAUGCAGUUUAAUACCGAUAUUGAUAACUAUAGAAAUAAAACAUUCGAAAAACAAGCUGUUCAACAAAUUAUCGACAUUGUUCAAAAUGAUAGAAUUAUUUUCCCCUCAGAUUUGACUGUUCUAUUAAUGUUUGUUACAUUAUAUGCUAAAGAUAAAUCACUCAUACAGAUUUUCUUGGAAAAAUUUAAGAGCAAUCCAUAUCAGUUGAAGGGGCUAGACUGUCUUAUGCUGUCACGGAUAUUUAUAAAUGAGAAUAAUUGUUCACAAGAACAAUAUUCCGAAAUUAAAUGCGUUUUGAACGAAGCUUCCCAAUAUCUGUUGUCAUUAAAUCACAAAAGAUUUGAAACAAAUGCAUUAUUAAUAAAAGCAGCGAUUUUGAGAAAUGAGUAUAAUAAUUAUGAAAUUGAUAAUCUCAUUAUGGCAUUUAAAGAAAUGGAUUAUAUGUCUUCAAAGUUCUUAGAAACCAUUAGUUACAUUUUCUUAAGUACAAACACACUUGUCCCAGAAGUUUUUAAUAAAAUGACUGAAUAUGUUGUGAAUAAACGUGGUAAUAUUGUUGGAUUCAAUGCUGAGAAGUUGUUAUUUUUAUGUUUUUAUUUAGCAUACUUUCCCAUAAAUGCUGAUAAAUUCUUUCUCACCAUAACUGAUAUCAUUAUAAGGGAUCAGGAGAGACUGAGCGGAUUAGCGUUUCUGCAAAGCGCCCUUUCUCUAAGUUUUUUCAACAAGUUGCCAAGUUUUCUAGUGAAACAAAUCUUCAACGUUGAAUUUAUGGAUAGAUUAGACAAUGAAUUGGCCAACUGUUAUUCAAAAGAUAAAUACCCACAAAGAGUGAGGCAAACCUUAAUGUAUCUUAACAGAGCUGUUUGUUUAGAAUAUCCUCAGUUUGGUGUUCCAUGGUUUCAUGAAAAAUACAUUAAGGAAACACAGAAAAUAUUUUUAGAUUCAAUUGACGCCGAAUUUAAUAUAGUUAAAUCAAUAAAAGAGUAUUUGGUGGAAAUAGCUGGUAAUGAUGUACUGGAAAAUGUAAUCACUCCAUAUGGGUAUCACAUUGAUUUUAUUAUAAAUUUGAAUAAGGAAGAUAAAAUAGUACCUCCCCAUUCAAAAUCCAUAAGCAAGAGGAUGGCUCUACUACUUGUUCGUAAUUAUGCUUUUACCCGGUUUUACAUCCAUUUGAGAGGCACUUAUCAGAUGAAAAUAAGACAUUUGGAAAUAAUGGGUUACAAUGUUUCAAUAAUGAAAUUCGACGAAUGGACUAAUUUAUUAUAUUCAAGUGAACGAAUAGAAUAUUUGAAGAAGUUAAUAUGGCCUGACAAUUGGGAAACAGUUCAAUGUUUAUCGAAAAGAUGACAUACGCGAAGUGGUUGUUUAAAAUGACAUUUGAUAAGUGGAAUAAUAAAAAAAAAAUUUUUCAACAUCACUUGUAUGGAAUAACAUAUCUCCCAACAAAAAUACCCGGCAGAGUAUGGAGCCUAUCUCAUCCAUUUGUGCAAAUAAGUCUCUGGAAUCGUUGGUGAUAUUCAUACUGAAUCCACUGUUUUCACUACCACUACACCAACACUCACAAUUACACUGCCUGACUCGCGUUUCGAUAACCAAGAUAUCAUCUUCAGAGACUGAAGGUAAACAGACUCCGAAGACUUGGUUAUCGAAAUGCACGUCAGACAUUGUAAUUGUGAGUGUUGGUGUAGUGGUGGUGUAAACAGUGUGUUCAGUAAAAACUCUUCUAUUUUCAGUUUAUAGCACUCUUAAAAGCAUGGUUUUGAUUUUUCAUUACAAGUGUAUAUCUGUAUAACUUUGUCACCAAUUAUUCAGCAUCAAGUUAUUCAUUCAGUAUUAUAUAUUUGUCAUAGUCUAUACAGGUUGGCACAUGUCUCAAAGCUUAGAUGUAGAAUCCAUGUGGGUAAAUUUAGCCCAGCUUUUUUCGAAAUUCAAAAAAAUCAAAGUUGUCUUGAAUUGUGUUAAGUUUGUGCCACUUGAGAUGCGAAACAAAUUUUUCUUUUAAUAUUACAAGUUCUAUGAUCUGAUCAAAAAUUCAGAAAAAGUUAGUCCAGCCAUUUUCUAAUUUCGAAAAAAAAAAUAGGUUUCAAUUGUGCUAGCUUUGUGCAAUUUGUUAUACUAGAGAAGAAUUAGGAAAAUUAAUUGGAACACCUUGAAAAAAAAUUUUUAUCGCAAAAGUGAAGGUUGUGCUAGCAUCCUAAGCCACAAUUCAGCACAACUUUUAUUUUUUUGAAUUUCGAAAAAAGCUGAGCUAACUUUACCCACAUGUAGAAUCAUGAAAUGCAAAUACGAUGAUUGAACCUCACUAUAUUCGAAAUCAUCUUGUUAAAUUAGUUUAAUGCAUUAAAGUUUUUCUGAAAAACAAUCACAAAAACAGUUGGUCUGAAUCGAUUUUCAUAAUUUUUGGCAUGUUCUGUGAGUCUAAGUCACAUUUUGAGAUGGUUUUGGUGAUCAUCAAUGUUUUGUGUUGCAAAGGGUCUAUUGUGUUCCUCUUUUUUGCUGUGAUAUUGAGAAUCCUCAGUUUUCACUUAUCUAUUAAUUUCUCCUUUCUCAGAAAUUUCAGAUCUAAGCUGCCAGAGAUCUUGUUCUAUUCCAUACGCUCCCAGGUGUAGUGGUUUGGACUUACGUAUUGUCCCACACUUCGAGAGAAUGUGGAUAGAGGUAUCAUUUUCUGCGUCUUCAGGUAUCCAUUGAAGUCCAUACAGCAGAUCUCUCCAGAUUAUAGCUUCACAGGCGUCUUUGCCUGUCUCAGCCCCUGUAGAUUGUCCCAGUUUUACCCCUCUUACUUUCUUUUCCACUGCUUUUUCUAUUGUUCUAUAGCUGAUACCACAAAAGAGUUCAGGUUCUAUGAAGGAUUUGCUGCCCCUACUGUAGCAAGUGGGUUGCUAUUUCGUUUCCCUCUACUUCAGUAUUUUCCGGAAUCCAUUAUUCUUCUUGUUUAGCUUAUUUAGCUUGUCCAGGCACUCCUAUGGAUUUUAUGACUUUGAGAUAGCCAAACAACUCUAAUGGUUGUUUGGCUAUCGGAUAGGAUGAUGAUCUCCUGUGGGUAUACCAUUUAAUGGCAUUUCUGUUCAUUUCUCGAAUGGUGUGUUGGCCCCAUUUGGGUGAUAAAUCUUCAGUCAAGUGUGAAAAAUUUUUUUUUCAGAGAGAUGUCUAGUACAGAAAACUAUUCAACGUACUGAAAAUAUUCAGGGUGUACCAUGUAAUUAAAUAAUUGUUUGUAUUUAGCGAAUGUGACCCUAAAUUAAUUAGAUUCAUCGGAAUUUAACUUCUACUAUUCACUUUCGCAAAAAAUGGAAAAUCUCAAGAAUGGCAAAACCUAUGUUUUUUCAAAUCCAAAAAUGUGAUCAAAUAUAAGGCGUGCCAUUUACAGAAUCGUAUGUUUGAUUUGUUCAACUACUUUUGGGAAAUUCUUUAUGUCUGCAAAUAAUUUGAAAUGGUAGCUGUAACGAUGUUGACAUAUCCACAAGAAAAAAAUACCCCCUGUAAUAUAAAUAAAAAAAUUAAUUAGAAAUUUAUUAUUUUAUAUAUAAAUCUUGCGAUUCAUUACACGAGAGAAAUGAAUAGGUACUAAAAAUAUGAAAUGUACAAAGUAAAAACAAUGGAUUCCGAGCAAUAAGAAUCAUACUUGAUUAAACUAAAUUGGGCGUAAUGUCAGUGUUAUUAGAUAAACUGGGCUGAUACUACAUACAAUCAAUUGCUUCUUAAUUUAUCAUUUAAUCCUUAUUAUGGUUUUAAAGAACACAUACAUUGGAGGAUAUAAAGUAAACAGGUUCAUUGGCUUUAUGUAGAGGAUGUCCCAAAGAAAUUUAUAUUGUGUAUAUUUUGAUCUACACUAACUACUUAUUAUAAAUGGUAACAUAAGCCAUUGUCUUCUGAAUUUUCAAUAUUUAUUUCUUUAUCAGCAAACAGAACAUAUUCAAAAGUUAAUUGGACUAUGUCGGGGUGAGAUCUUCUUCAAUCACUUUUUGUAGGUUUUUUGGCAAACAUGUAAAAAGUGUAAGGCAUGUACAAGUUGUUGUGUUCUGGUUGUAGUUGCUUGGUAAAACUAACUUUGAAAUCUUCGUUAGAUUUAACAUAUGCCACUUUCACUUUGUUGUAACCUCGAUAAGUAAAAUUUCUGAAGAAAACCUCAGUCGAGGAUGACGAAGAGAACACAAUAAUAAAAAUUUAAUUAAGUACAUAAAACAUAUUUAUUAAAGAAAUACAAUUGGAGUCACUAUGAGGCGAAAGCAACCAAGAAAUAUGAGUUUUUUUAAGUAAAAAGCAAGCACAAGAGACUAAACCCUUUACACUCAAAAGUAAUUCGAGUGGUGCCUGCUGUGUAGAUAUUGAUCUUGAACUUUUGUAGGUUAUAGUGCUCUGGAAAGACAUGCCUUUGGAGCUGUUUCCACAGUGUUCAUGAGCCACGUCUGAGACAACUCGUGGUAGUUUAGGUAAAACAGAGUCAAGUCGGUGACCUAUCUUCUAUACCCUGAGCUGUCUAAGUUUCUGGUCAAUUCUGUAUCGCCUAUAAGUGGAAUUACUCUCUGUAUUGAGCCAAAGAUGGAUGUAGAGGAUUAGAAGCUGUUGCGGGAUAUACAGUUGUUUGGUCCUAGAAAGGCCUCCAAGUUUUUGUGGAGCUGCAUCGAUUAAAUCGGCUACGUGACUAUGCCAGGAUAUAUUGCUUCGAACCUUAAUACCAAAAAAGCGAAUUCGCGGUGUGAUGGAAUAUUUAAUGUCCAGACAGGACCAAAUUUUGAGCUACAAUGGCCGCCUUCUUUGUAAAAACAGCAGGCUGAGUCUUUGCUGCAUUAAAUUCAAUCAGUUUGCUUCUACCUUACUUCAUAAUGUUUUCAAAAUCGGUAUUGAUCUUUUGCUGUGUACGGAUUGAGGUGUAAGUUUAAUUUAUUGGGGCGUUUAAUUUGACAUCAGUGUGCUAUCGUCGAAGAAGCUAUAUAUUGGGUUUGCAGCUUUGUCGAGUAAAUUGUUGAUGUACAGGCGAAAGAGUAGGUGAAAUAAUGCAUCCCUGAUGAACAACAGAACUUCCUAAAGUGUGUCCAUCAAUAGCGACCUAGAUGGAUCGAUCUUAGGCAUGCCGAACACUGUCAAAAGCCUUCUUUUUCUAUAGCUUCAGUACAUACAUUGAUGACAUAGGCCAGGAGGUCCUCGGUUGAUCUAUGUUUACGUAUUGAUGGUAUCUGAUAAUGUUAGCAGACUCAAGAUUUGCUGGUUAACGACUUUCUUCAUGAACUCAAGCAGUGUGAAAGGUAGAGAGACGUAGUUAUGUUAAUUUUUCCUGAAACGUACUACAAGAUUUAUCUUGAUGUAAGUUCUAUGUUGAUGUAGUUGUUGUUGUUGAAUCGUAGAGUUCUCUAAACUACCUCUCCCAUUUUUCCCAUAUUUUCUUUUGUCUCCCGUAGAGAUCAUUCUCCAUAUCACUGCAUUUUCCAAAUAUUUUCGUAGACCCUAUUUCUUACGAUUUUCUCUUCUCUUCAUUCAGCAUCUUAAUUUCUUUUCUGAACAAAAGUUCAGUAUUUGAUCUUCCCCCGUUCUUUAUGGUUUUUUUUCCAAACGCUUCCUUUGCUACUUCCAGUAUGGUCGCUCUUAACUUUGCCCAUGCCGUUUCGACGUCGAUUUUUGAUACCGGGUAUAACUUCAUGACCAAUUCUCGCAUUGAAAUUGUUUGUAAUAUGUGGUAGAAAAAGUCUAUAUAUACUUGUGGUUUGCUCUUAUUAUAUGUGUUGGUUUUGACCUUUGUAGUUCGAUUGUCACCUGUAAUAGUCUGUCGUUAAUGUAUUCCACAUUGUUGAUGUGGGCUUCAAAUUUCUCUUGUAACAGUAGGCCUACUCCUGAUGCUGCUCUCUCAUUUUUAUCCUUGCCGCUAUAUAUCAGUAGUACUCCCCAUAUUUGCUGUUUCCUUUGCCCUUCUUUUAGGUCUCCGAUAGGGCACACAUAUCUAACUUAUGUCUUUUCAUCUCAAGAAUAAUUUCUUGACCCUUGUUAUUAAAUGAUGUUACGAGUACAUUCAAACAUCCCACUCUGAGUAAAAUCGGCUUCCGUUUGCGUUUAGUCCUUGUUUCCGCUAGGUAGUUAUCAUUGGAUCCGGUCAAUUCCGAGGCUACGUCAUUGGUUCUAGGUGCACUUUAAUUUAAGUAGGUCACUGGCCUUACUUGGAACCCUCCUCUUUUAUCCGGGCUUGAGACCGGCUAUAAAAGCACUCCGUCCACCCAACGCAAUCAUAGGCAGAGUUUAUCUUCGUUCUAAUGGUCUCUGUUGAAUUCGUUCAUCUCGUACUUUUGAUGGUGAUUUACGCAAUAAUUGUGCGGUACUCACACAUAAGCAAUGUUUUGUUGGAUUUCUUCGCCUGAUCUUCGUGCUCUAAUAUCUUGCAUGACUUUAGAUUUGAUUGUUCGGCAACUCACAUUGGUCUCUUUGCAUCUUGCUGACAUUGCUGACUGUACAUAGAACAUAUAAAUAAAUGAAGUUAAAAUACUUAUUGGUGAAACUUAAUGUGACUUAAUAUUGUAUUCGUUUGCUUAUUAUUUGACUUAUCGUUUACAAUGAUAAAACACGUAUAAUUUAUUAAACAUGUACACGUUUCUGUUUUCAUUUAAAACUAUUUGUAAAAAAUGUUAAGUACAAUAUGUACAGGUACGGUAAUGGCCGUUGUUGGCGGGAGAUCACAACACGUGUUUAUUAACAUGAGAAGCCAUUUCGGAGGAGUAUAGUAGCUAACAUUAUGACACGAGAUAUUUAAAUAUAAGAUUUCUUCUUUAAAUUCUAUUAUUUUUCUUAAAUACCGAGCGUUAAUUUUACAGCCAAUCCGAUGCCCUAUAAUAACCUCACUAGUUUCAUUACACAGAAACAUACAUGUCGACGUAAUUUAUAAUUUAUCGUGGUUUACUUGGUUUAUUUAUUAAAACUCGAGAGAAAGUUUAUCUACCUUGCCAUUUUUCAAAAACAAUAUACGACAAUACGACACUUGAAUGUAUAAUGUACUUUAUGAAUAUUCUCUUUUACAAUGGGAUCGACCUACUAUAACACUGUCUGAGUUGUUACAAACAAGAAAUAAAUUUUUCGUGACAUUGAAAAUGAUGUUUUUUUUUAAGUAUUUUGUUAUAUUAAUGCAAGUAUUUGUAUGCGCACCUUUCGCUGAAAGAAUAACAAAAAAACUGUUAUUUAUAUACUUUUCAUGAAUGUUAUUAUUUAUCCAGGCAAAAUAUUCCAAAUAUUUUUAAUUUACACGUAAAUUGAUUUGAAACCGUCAGUUAAUAACGCCGAGUAAAAUGUAGUAUUAAGAAAUAAUUUUCACAAGUCCCUAGGGCAUUUGUCGGCGCCUCGUCGGGAUAAAAUGUUGAAAUGUGUUGAAAGAAAACGAGUAAAAAAUACUCAAACAUAAAGCAUUUUUUUCUUAUAUGAAAUACUACAGAUAAAUAACCCAACCAUAAAUAUAAUAAUAAAAAUACGGCUCAACACUUUCAUAUACAGGGUGUUUCUAAAGUCAUGUGACAAAAUUCAGGAGUUGAUUGCUCGUAUGAAAUUAUAAUUCCUAUAACAAAAUUUCCUCGGCCCACCCCUUUCCGAGAUAUCACCUCUAAAAAUUGUUCAUUAAAAUGGGAUUUUUAUUUUUUUUUCUAAAAUUUCAGUACUAGACACUUGAAGCAACCCUUACUUAUAAGCAUUUAUUAUUAAGCGUAUUACAUUUUACAUUUUUACUGUUUUCCACUAAAUUUAAUAAAAAAAUUAUAAAUUACUGCCU